CCCCGCCGUCGCCGUACCCGCCGUGCUCAGCCGUGGCGCGACGUGUCGUAAUUCAUCGCAGAGCUGGAGAACACAGAGACGUGCCCAGAAGGUUCUGAGGGCGGCGCUGAGAAGUGUGACAAGGAGUGAGGAGUGUGCCGAGGAGUGAGGGUCGUGUAGGGGAGAGAAGAGGGUGAAUAGAGUGAGGUCUUCGCGAGGGAAGGGAAAGAGGUGAGAACUGAGAGGUGUGAGAGUUUGGCCGAGAGGAGCAAUGGAAGUCUCUAUGAAUUCCAGACAGAGGACUCUUUUGUUUGUCAUUAGAGUGCAAUGUCAACUGCGAAUUGUAUCACCAAUAUCAAUCAUCAUAUCGUUUAAAAAUAAUUCAAUAGCCACACCCAGAGCUGCUUCGUUGUAUCAUUGGCAGUGUGACCGUUUAUCUAAUCUUCCACCGACAGCUGCCGUAAGCUGUAGAUACCGACCAUUGCAUUGAGUGAGCCAGUUACCAGCAAUGGCCGCCCGGUGGCUGGUCGCGGCCGCGCUCUGCCUGGCGCUGGCACUGCCGACCGGCGCCUUCUGGUCGACCGUCUGUGGUGGCUGCACGUGCUCCACUGACACACCAGUGAUGACCAUCGACUGCUCGGACCACGACUUCACCUCUGCCUACACGUCGAGUGACACGUGGCCCACCAACCAGACUGACAUCCACCUGAUCUACGACAAAAACUCGCUGACAGAGGUGGCCAAGGUGCCGGCCCAAAACAUCACAGAGCUCUCCUUCCAGCACAACGACAUUGCCAGCAUCGCGGACGGCGCGUUCGUGGCGCUGCCGCGGCUCAAACGGCUGGACCUCAGUCACAAUAAACUGGUGCGAGACUCGCUGACGGAGAAGACGUUCCGCGGACAGUUCAGCGCCGACGACUACCAGCCGUCGCCGAUCCAGCAGCUCGACCUCAGCUACAAUAACAUUCACUCCAUCUACGAGGAGGUGCUGUCGCACUUCUCCAGUCUGCUGGAGCUGGACCUGUCGUACAACUCGCUGUCUCUGCUGGACCACCACACCCAGAUGGCCAUUACCUCGCUGCCGCGGCUGCGCACCCUGCAGCUGGCCGGCACCGGGCUCAAGGAGAUGCCACACGGCCUGCUGCACUCGCUCAUCACACUGCGACACCUGAACCUGGCUGACAACCAGCUGACGGAGGUGCCGCCCGAGCUGCACAACAGCCACGCCAUCGAGACCCUGACACUGAACAAAAACCCGAUCAAAGACAUCAACGAAGAUUCGUUCCGCGGCAUGGUCAAUCUGCGAGUUCUCAACAUUGCCUAUAUGCCGAACCUCGAAUACAUCAGCGACAACUCGUUCUCCACGCUGGUCGCUCUAAGGGUCCUCCGUUGUCGGAACAACGAGAGGCUGUGGAGCGUCAGCCCGCACAUCUUUGACGGCAUGGACACCUCGCCUGGCAUCUUCCCCCUGCAGGAGCUGUUUCUGAGCGGCAACAACCUGACGACGCUGGCGGCCGAGACGGUGCCCUUCUGGGACCAGCUGCUGCAAGUGCAGCUGCACGAUAACCCGUGGCGCUGCGACUGCCGCCUCCAAUGGAUGGUCGACCUGCUGCCCAAGCUGGUGGAAAAGGGCCAAACCGAGGCCGAGCGGGUCACGUGCCGCCUGCCGGAGAACCUGGCCGGCGUGCCUGUUCUGGGUGCCGCCAAAUCCAGCGAGGGACCUCUGCCGUGCACCCCGGAGCUCCACCACACCUACAUCCACAACGGGAGCAGCACCACCCUGGCGGCUGCCCUCACCAUCGGAGGGGUGGUGAUCUUUGCGGCCACGUGCGUGGUCCUAGUCCUCUUCUGGAGGCGCAACAAGAUCCGACAGGCCUACAGCAACAAGCUGUACGUGACCUCUCAGCUGGGAGCGGUGCUCAUCCUGCUCGUAUGCGUGUUCUUCUUCUGGUUCGUGGUGGCAGCGGCCCACUCGGGCGCCGUGCCGCCCGCGGACCGGCUGCUGCUGCGCAUGGUCGGCAGCUUCGUGCUGUUUCUGCUCAUCACCACGGGCGCCACCGUGUUCGUCAUCCGGCGAGAGACGACGGCGGCCAGAUGCCGGGCGAAGCAGCAGAUUCGCUACCGUCGCGCCGCCAUGGAGGAGGAGGCUGGGAUGGAGGACACGGCCCAGGUCGUCUCCACGUAAUCAGAGCCAACGGUCACAGAGAAGGGCAGGGUAUGAGGUUCGGGGAACAAUUCCCUCCACCGAGUCGACGUGCUGCGAGAUAAAGUCACUGUCGUCUUAAAGUGCCAACAUGAACUCUGGAAUCGCGAGGCUGGCUAGCCAGGGCUAGAUUGUCUUUACAGAAGCCAGUCGUGCCUUUCAAACAGAUGGCGUCAGAGCCUGGUGAAGAUGCUUGCUUUGUGACGCUGUGAUGUACAUUGUGAACGUUAUGUAGAAGUGGGCGACAAGCGGAGAGAUUUGCUAGUCAUAAGCGGGUGCGUGCUUCCGUGGUUUAUAGCUUGCGCUUUUACCAAAGGAAUCAACUCAAUCGAGAAUAAAGCGAAAAGUGAUUCCAAGGAAGGGGAUGAUAAGACUUUUCUGAACUCUGAUUGAUAUCAUCGUUCGCUGGAUUAUCGUGACUACGCAUUGACAAUGGUACCCGUAUGCUUACCUACUCUUUGACAUUUUUACUCAAGUGAUCGGAAAUAAAGAAAUGUGAAUAUGUGUUAAUUCAAA